GGCGUCCGCAGCUUGAAGCGCACGCACUUCAGGCCCCGGUGCAUCCUGGUGGUGCCCAAGGACAGGGAGAAGUACGGGGAGCACCUGAGGAGGACGGGGCUGUUCACCAGGCCCGAGAUGGACGAGGCCGUGGCCAGGGUGGACAUGUACCUGCAGGAGUGCCAGGACUGCCCCGGGUUCUACGAUGCCAUCAUCAACACGGACGAGCUGGAGGAGGCGCUCACAGAUCUGGCUCUGAUUGUCAAGGUCUACCUGGGCAUGGAGCCUCCCGACGUUCUGGAGAACUUCGAGGGCUUCAGGGGCAGGACAGGUUCCCGGACCCAGCUGGUCCCGGAGGAAAGGGCGGCUCCGUCCUACGGGGACCUCCUGCACAUCUCCACCCACAACUACCCCCGGGACCUCCUGGACAUGCUGACGGCAACACCAGGAUCUGUGGAAGAAGCUUCUCUGCACAGACGUUUCUCUGCAGCUCGGCAGGUGCUUCUGUCCCACAGGGCCAUGGACCCCGAGUGCGAGUCCUUGCUGCAGCAGCUGCCGCGGCCCGUGCCCCCGCUGCCCUCGGGCAUCAGCGGGGCCCACUCGCAGAGCAGCUUCAUGGAGCUGGGGCGGGCCUGGAGACAGGUGUUCGUCCCUCCCGAGACUGUCCUGCCCGGGCUGGAGCAGCUGCUGUGGCCCAAGCUGCCGCUGCCCCAGAGGCACCUGUCCGCAGCCGGGCUGGGCGUGCACACCUGGAGCGCCUGGAACGAGCCCCCGGAGAGCUCCGAGCCAGAGGAGGAGGAGGCUGCAGGGAAAGGAGGAGCCGCGAGGAAAUGCAGCCAGGCCGUGUCGGGGUGCUCCCCCGGGCCCCACUGCCAGUCCAGGCGUGUCCUGCCCCCCAUCACACCCCGAUGGACCAGCAGCACCUCCUGA